AUGAGGGAGCAACUUUCUAAUCCAGCAGAUUCUGUUGAUUGCAUCAGAUGUCGAUGGGACCAGUGGCCAAACAGCCAGAAAUCUGAUUGUCUGCUGAAGUCUUUUGAAUACCUCUCCUAUGAUGACCCAUUUGGAACAAGUCUGAUGGUUAUCGGUGCUCUAUCCUCUUUAGUCCCUAAUUUUAUUAUAAAGCUUUUCAUUAAGCAUAAAGCCAGCCCAGUAGUAAAAGCCAACAAUUAUAACCUAAGUAUUCUUCUUCUGGUUUCCCUUUCCUUCUGUUUUCUCACCUCCUUGGCAUUCAUCGGUUAUCCACAACCUGAAAAAUGUCUCCUUCGUCAGGUUACCUUUGGCCUGGUUUUUGCCCUCUGCAUCUCUUGUAUUUUGGCUAAAACUAUCAUGGUGGUCCUUCUUUUUAUGGCCACCAAACCAGGCAGCAGUUUGAAGAAAUGGACCAAUCCACGUGUAUCCUACGUGAUAAUUUUGAUAGGAUUUUUGCUACAAAUCAUCUUGUGCACAGCCUGGUUAUCCUUGGAACCUCCAUUUCCACAAUACAGUACACAGAUUCAAUCCAUAGUCAUCAUUAUUGAGUGCAACGAAGGCUCUUCCAUUGCUUUAUGGAUCAUGUUGGGUUACCUCUUUGUCCUGGCCACCAUUAGUUUUAUUGUGGCCUUUUUGGCUCGGAGGCUUCCUGACAGUUUCAACGAGGCUCAGUAUAUUACCUUCAGCAUGCUGGCCUUCCUUAGUGUCUGGACCUCUUAUAUCCCAGCGUCCCUCAGUGCUCAGGGCAAAUAUACUGUGACAAUGGAGAUAUUUGCUAUCUUGGCUUCCAGUUGGGCUGUGCUGAUCUGUAUGUUUUUGCCAAAAUGCUUUAUCAUAAUAUUUAGACCUAAUCUAAACUCUAAAGAGUAUAUAAUGAGGAAAAACAUACUGAGAUGAGAACAAGAAAACACAAACUUAAGAAAAAAAUGACUUGCAAUGAACCAAGAAUACAGUAUAUUCCAUACACAGAAUCAGCGAUACAUCAACUGACUGUAUUUUCCCGUUUCCUUUUUCUUUAUGGACUCAUGGUAUUAUUUUUUUCACCAUCAAUGUCUGUAUUACAAUGCUUGGAUGUGUUUAAUUAAUGAAUAUUUAACUUUCCAAUGCUGAUUUGAAUGAUAUUCCUGUUAGGUAGUAAACUCAUGACUUAUUUCCCUUGGUAUAUCCAGUAGCAAGAUAUCUUUUUUCUUGCUCUGUUUCCUUCAAUCUCAGAGUUUUGGAUAUUUACAUACAUUUUGGGGUGUUUUCUCUACUUGUCAUAAUUGUGUAACUUCAAGUGGCAAACCUGGGAACCCAUACGCAGAGGUCGUAUUGCACUUCCUAUGUCUGGUUGGAUGGGAUAACUGAUAAACAACAAAGUCUUACCACAAAUUCUAUCAAUUAGAGUUAGGUCUUGGCUUCCAAUGGGCCAUUAGUUCCAAACCAUUGC